AUGAUAAAUAUUGUUUGGAGUAUAUUCAAUGCAAUUUCAAUAAAAAACACUCGUCCAUCAAAAUCUGUUAUUAUAUUUUAUACUAAAUUUGAUUUCUUUUCUAUUUUUCAACCAACAAAUGCUGGUGCUCAAUCAACAGCAUUUGGUGUAAUUACAUUACUUGGUUUAGCUUGGUUAUUAGGUAGAAUUAAUCUAACUCAAUUGUUAAUUACAAAUAAUAAUAAUAUUAAUAAAGAUAUUGUUCUUUUGUUUAUUAAUGGUGAAAAUUGGAAUUAUUAUGGAACAUUUGAAUUAAGUAAAAUCAUUUUAGAAAAACGAUUUCCUUAUAAAAUAGACAAAUCAUCCCAUCAAGAUAAUUUACAUCCAAUUGAACCUGAACAUAUUGAUAUUAUAAUUAAUAUUGAUCAAUUAGGUAUUAAUCAUAAUCAUACAUAUAUUUUGUAUGAUAAUAUUCAUCCAUUCCUUGAAAAAUUCAAGUAAGAAUAAAAAGAACAGAUUUAUACGAUUUGCUAACCGUUGAUUACAUGAAUAUAUCAUUUAUAAUGAAGGAUCGCCACUUUAAUUCAUUGGUGAUGUAUGAUCCAAUAUUUACUUCUGCAAACUCAAUGUUUCCUCAAAAAAAAAUUUUUAAGUUUCCUUAAUUAAAAAAAUAUUACUAUUAAUCGGUGAAAAAUAAUGGCGUUUGUGCAAAAAAUGUGAUACGCUUUUCAAAUCUAUCAAUCUGAUGGAAGUAGAAAAGUGUUUGAGCCUACCCUAACCUACGAAGCGUGAAUCUAGGAUAGGCCCAACUCUUGUGAUUCCACCCCGUAUGCUUAUUGGACACAAGUUGAUAGUAGAUAAAAUGUGCACUAACCUUGUAAAACUAGGCAUGUGUAGUUCUAGUGUAAAUACUGACACCGAUUUUAUCGACAGUAUGUCUACUGAAUACUACUAUUCAUUGACUCAUACUGAAGCUCACUGAAACACUGACAAUGCUGAUAUCAGUGCUCAAUGAGACACUGAGGCACCGAUUCUGUGAGAGUAUACACCUUUGGUGCAUUAGUUUAGAGUAGGCGUGGGUAUUAGAAUUCAUCACACAUCCCCACAUUCAAUAUGUCAUAUCGUUAUCCCCGUACAUGAAUAUAUGUAACUUUAUGAAUAAUAAAAGUUUUUAGUCGAAAAUGAGA